AGAGGUGAGUGGGCGGAAACAGACUAGAGACAUUAAUGUGACUGGCAAAAGAUUUCUGCCCUAUGUACAGGGUAUACUGUCCUGUGUAGCUCAUCUGUCAUACCGAGGAUGGACGGCCAUCGCAUGUCUGAGAAGAUAUUAAACUUGACGAUGGAGAUUGUCUACCUGCUGACUGGGGAGAAGUACACAGUAGUAAAGAAGAUAUCUGGUGAGUGUGAGACACCCAAAAGCUGCCCCCAUGUGUUAGGAGGACUAAACAGGACUCCGAGCCCCAUCGUGGUGCCUCCACCUCAGUCACUGAUACAUGAGAGACACAAUGAGCAGAAGAUCCUGGAACUCACCAACAAAAUCAUUCAGCUGCUGACUGGAGAGGUUCCUAUAAGGUGUGAGGAUGUCACUGUCUCUUUCUCCAUGGAGGAGUGGGAGUAUAUAGAGGAACACAGGGGUCUGUACAAGGACGUGAUGAUGGAGAAUCACCGGCCCCUCACAUCACUGGAUGGGGCCAGUAACAGGAAUACCACAGAGAGAUGUCCCCGUCCUCUUUAUUCCCAGGAUCAUACAGAGGAGAAUCACAGUGUCAUACAGGAGGGUCAGGGGAAAGAUCUAAUUAUUAUUAAAGCAGAAGAUAUAAAAAAGGAAGAGGAGACGUAUGUGAUGGGUGAUCAGCAGUGUAAGGAGAAGGAAAUCCCUACAGAUAUCAGCACAGCAGGUGGGCACAAUGGUUGGAAUAUAUCAGAUGAACAUCUCAUUUUAUAUCCAGAAUUUAAAGUAGAAGAUGACAUCACAGGACAAUCUCCAGGAGAAAAUGCAAUUGCCCGAACCUUAUAUCAAGCACGUGACGGUGUACGUGUAUCUCCUGAUCCCACUAAUCACGGGGAAUGUUCUCCAGAUACCUAUAAUAAUGUUACACAUGGUGCAGCUCCUACAGGCGAUAUUAUCUUUCCCUGUCCUGAAUGUGGUAAAUGCUUUAGAAAUCAGUCACUGUUUAUCAGACAUCAAAGAAGUCACACAGGGGAGAAGCCAUUUUCCUGUACCGACUGUGGCAGGUGUUUUGUUCAGAUAUCAGAACUGGCAGUACAUCACCGAACUCAUACAGGUGAAAAACCAUUUCCAUGCUCGGAGUGCGGGAAAUGUUUUAGGAUUAGGCGAAACCUGGUUAAGCAUCAGAAAAUUCACACAGGUGACAGGCCCUAUCCGUGCACAGUGUGUGGGAAAUGUUUUAAGCAAAAAUCAACCCUAAUUGACCACCAAAGAACCCACACAGCUGAGAAGCCAUUUACAUGCUCCGAGUGUGGGAAAUGUUUUACACGUAAAUCGGUUCUUGUGGACCACCAGAUAAUCCACACGGGAGAGAAGCCAUUUACAUGUUCCGAGUGUGGGAAAUAUUUCACCCGGAAAGCAAAUCUUGUGGAACACCAGAGAAUUCACACAGGAGAGAAGCCAUUUUUAUGCUCUGAGUGUGGGAAAUGUUUUACUGUGAAGUCACAUCUUGUCAGACACCAGAGAACUCACAGAAGUGACAAACCGUUCCAGUGAGCAGAUAGACCUGAAAGGGGAUUGCAACAAUAUUUGAAAUACUGUAGAAUCAGUUGUCAGCUUUUAUACAUAUAUAUAUUGCAUAUAUUUUACACCAUGUUUGGUCAUGCUGUAAUGGACAAUGUGAAAUGGUUCCUCUGAUUAGUCUGGAAUUUCUGAGUUACUCUCUUACAGGUGGAUAUUGGGAAAGCUCCAAACAAACGUUUCGUCAUGCCAUGCAAUGUUUUUGUGCGAAUGACCCCCUUUAUGCUGGUAUGUGCAUGGCUUAAUGGGCGCUGAUGAGUCUGCAGAUGGCGGAGCUUCUGAUGACGGGAGCUGAGUGUGGUCCAAGUGCCAUGAGAUAUAUGUUAUUCCGGAUGUGGCCUUAAUCGGUGGAGAUUGCAUAAUUACAGGGGCUUUCUCAGUUUAGCACUUGGCUCUGCAUAAAUGCUUGGUCUUGUUGCACGCAUACAGAUGGCCAAGAUCGGACCUCUGGCCUAUAUUGCAGGACCUUCACUGGCUACCCUUCCCAUUCAGAAUCCAAUUCAAGCUUCCCACACUCACCUACAAAGCCCUCACCCACUCUUCUCCCUCUUACAUCUCUGACCUUAUCUCUCUUUACAUUCCCACCCGUCCUCUUCGCUCUGCUAAUGCACGCCGUCUCUCCUGCCAACUGAUUACCUCCUCCCACUCCUACCUACAAGAUUUUGCACGUGCUGCUCCCUAUCUCUGGAAUUCUCUACCUCUCCCUAUCCGACUCCCCACCUCUCUACAAAACUUCAAACGGGCUCUCAAGAACCACUUCUCCAAACCCAGCCAACACUUCUCCUAACCCUCUUGUCUAUGCUCACUGUCUACCCCUUCUGUGUCACCCCGGUCUGUUAUCCCCUCACCUUUAAGAUUGUAAGCUCGCAAGAGCAGGGCCUUUUUUCCUCAUGUGCCUUUCCUUUUCUUACUUAUACUAUCUUAUACUCCAUACUCCCUUUGAUGGCACCUAACCCCUGGCUUUCCAUACCUGUCCUAUAUUGUCUUGAACUGUAAGUGCUGUUUUCUUGUUUGCUCAUUUAAUUAUGUACUGUAUAAUGGGUGCUGCGGAUCCCUUGUGGCGCCAUAUAAAUAUAGGAUAAUAAAAUAAUAUUGUUAUAUAGCCUCCUGUACCCUCUAGGUACAUACGAAAAUGAUUUAGAAUGCAGGGGGAGAAUCUGUUGUGGUCCUUACAGUAUGUGUAAAUAUAUGUAACAGUCGUCAUUAUAGAAUCUUAUAUUUUCCCCUCUUCCUAUGGAAGUAAUAGUACAUUCCUGGCCUGUGUGUCUUAUACCUCAUAUAUUGUGCACCGUAGUUUGUACAGUGACAGAUGAGGUAGGCUGAUGACAGUACAGUACAUAUAUGAAGAGGAUAUGCAGUUAUAUUGUCAAUCUAUAGUAAUAUUAUAAGAAUGUUGUGUCUUUUGGCGCAAAAGCCACUGAACCGAUUUUCAUGAGAACUGCAUCCUUUUGUAGUGUGAACUCCGAAAAAUAACCUGCACGUUGUUUCAUCUCAAUCUGUCAAGUUAAAGCUGAACAAUAACAAAAACAAAAUGUAUUGGCAUCAUCAGUGCAAGAGAUAGGUGUGGCACCAUGCGCGUGGCUGGGAAGGGGCGUGCUGAGAGGUGCUUUUGAGUCGAUUGACAAAUGUCAUGAGAAUAGUUCAAAGGCUAGAUAAGGGGUGCAUCCAAUUUCCUGCAAAAUUUGCGAGAUGCCAGUGGCAUGUAAACCCAAACUUGCAUCCCUCAUACCACUUAAUAACCGACUUACAGAUAUUUGCUUACAGGGAAUAGUAUUGACCCCUUAGAAUAUAAUCUGUGUGUGUUCCCAUACCUCUCACUCAUAUUCCUGUUUUUUAGGUACUGGAGUACCAAUUUCACCAUGCAUGCACGUCUCGGAACCCACCACAUAGGGAGAUAUGUACAUAGGGAAAUAUGUAGGGCAGUUAAUUUGUAUCAGAUAGAUACUACGCUCAAGUAAACCUGAAACCUGUGUAAGUCUGAAAUUGCUUACCACAGAACUCUAGAAUGGAGUAGCUGCACGUAGUAAAAUCCACAAUGAGGGUCAUUCCGAGUUGUUCGCUCGCAAGUGAAUUUUAGCAGAUUUGCUCAUGCUAAGCCGCCGCCUACUGGGAGUGAAUCUUAGCAUCUUAAAAUUGCGAACAAUGUAUUCGCAAUAUUGCGAUUACACACCUCGUAGCAGUUUCUGAGUAGCUUCAGACUUACUCGGCAUCUGCGAUCAUUUCACUGCUUGUCGUUCCUGGUUUGACGUCACAAACACACCCAGCGUUCGCCCAGACACUCCCCCGUUUCUCCAGCCAUUCCUGCGUUUUUUCCGGAAACGGUAGCGUUUUUUCCCACACGCCCAUAAAACGGCCUGUUUCCGCCCAGUAACACCCAUUUCCUGUCAAUCACAUUACGAUCGCCAGAACGAUGAAAAUGCUGUGAGUAAAAUUCCUAAGUGCAUAGCAAAUUUACUUGGCGCAGUCGCAGUGCGGACAUUGCGCAUUAAGCGGAAAAUCGCUGCGAUGCGAAGAUUUUUACAGAGCGAACAACUCGGAAUGACCCCCAAUGUUUGUAGCCUAUAGUAUUUUAGCGUCUUCAAUCAGAAUGUGUAGGAGUCUGCUACAAUAAACAUGUCUUGUUUACUGAUUGCUACAAAUUAUAGAUAGUCUGCACCCAUAAAUUAAUGUCGACAUACUAUCUGAGACUGCUAUUCAUAAAAGCCGCCAGACCUCAGAAUGCAGAUAACUUGAAAGCGGCUCCAAUAAAAUAAAGGGUAAAAUUAAAAAGCACUACCCGCUCAUAUACUAUUGUACAGUUUAUACUUCGUUAGUGUCCAAGAUGUGUUUCUUGUAGUGUUCCUGUACUUUCUUCUUUGGUGUCCUUUCCCUCAACGGUUUAUAACAUGGAAAAGAAAAUAAAGAACAUUAAAGUGUA